AUGCCAACUGCUGUCAUGUCACACAAGAUCCUUCUCAGUUUGUGGUUCCUGGUCCUUCUCUUAGCAGCCGAGACUUCUGGGAUAGAAGAACUGACUGGCAUUCUAGGGGCAUCUAUCACUUUCCAGGUGAAGACUUCUUCACCAUACAAGAAGAUUUCCUGGAGUAAACUGGACGGCAACAAGUCAAUCAAUAUUGCUGAGGUGACUUUUGCACAGCCAUGUGGCCACCAGGUCUUCCUCCCAGCCUUCCAAAGCAGAGUGAACGUCUCCAAGGACUGCAGAGAAUUGCAUCUCAGCCAACUAAAGCAAGAGGACGCCGGACGGUACUCUGCACGAAUGGUUUCACCGAGCAAAGCAGAGAUGGUUGAGUUCUUUGACCUGAGAGUUUCUAACCAGAGUGUCUCCGGGUUGCCUCUCUGGGCCCUGCUGUUCCUUAGCAAAAUGGGAAGCCUUCUCCUCCUUGGAUGCUUGGGACUCAUCUUGAGAAUGAAAUCCAGAAAAGGAGAUGGAGGAGGGAGUCUGCUGGGCCAAUUCCUGCCAGCCUUCCUGAGGAGCCAGCCGCUGCCACCAUCUCCAUGGGCCAAAGCUUGCGAUCUUCCGAGCUCCAUUUCGGACCCUGAUCUUCCGCAGUGGCAUUUGAGAAGGUUCUUUGGGACAAGGUCGCUUCCAUUCCACCAGGGGGCAGCCCAGUGA